AUGGAUUCUAUCUUUAUAUCUGCAGGAUGUACGGCAAAGCCAAAGGCUUCUGUUAUGGCUGGAGAUAGGAUAGUCUAUGGAUCUAUGUCGAAUGUUGUCACGGCUGAUGAGGAGAAGGUUCUUUCUGUUCUCCACAUGGAUGACGAUGUGAAUGUGAUUGAGUAUGGAUAUGGCAUGAUAGCCAUAGGUGAUGUUUCUGGAGGAGGAUAUGUAGUCAGGGACGGGGAGAUCAGAAAGUGCAAUUUUGGAAGCUGUAUUGAAGCAGUGGGGUUUGUGAAUGAGCAGUGGGCUAUGUUCUGCACAAUAGAUAUGAUUUUUAUAUAUGAUAUAGACAAGGGCACUAUCAGACAAAAGAUAAGGACCGAAUGGGUUCCUACAUGCUUAACAACGAUUUGCGGCAGGACAUUUGCUGGAAGUAGGAAGGGAAGCAUUUUUCUACUUGAUAUGAGUGAUGGUAUAAGGUGGCAUGAAACUGAGGGACACAAGGACAGCAUUCAAGACAUCAGGUCUGCCUUAAUAGACGGAGAGGGAUAUGUUGCUACGUCUUCACAGGACGAAACCAUAAAGAUAUGGAAGAUUAUUGAUGAGCAUCCAUGGGUUAAACACUUACAGACCCUCAAUGGCCAUACCGACUGGGUCUAUGGGCUAUUCUGGACAGAGAAAGGAGACAUAUUCAGCUCAUCUGCAGACAACUCCAUAAUCUACUGGGAGAGAAAGUCGAAGUGGGAGGAUGUGAUGAGAUUUGGAGGGAAGGAUGCGUUUUUCAAUGUGAUGGUGAUUGGAAGCUCGAUUAUAGGGCAGUCCCGCUCUGGGGGAUUCUACAAAUUCAGCGACGACCUCGAGAGUUUUAUUUCUGGGCAUUUGGGUGAAGUAAAGUCCAUCGAUUGGAGAGGGGAAUUCCUAUUAACGUCGUCGCUUGACAUGACAUCGAGGAUAUUCUAUAAGGGGCACGAGGUCGGGAGGCCCCAGAAACAUGGGUAUGGGCUGACUUCUGCAAGGUUUCUGAACAACGACAGCCUCCAGUUCAUAAGCUCUGCACAGGAAACGAUUCUGAGGGUCUAUGAGCCUACACAGGUGUUUUACAUGUCAUGCAUAUAUGCAGAGACCAAGGAAAGGAGCAUGAUCGAGUCAUUUGAGGAGAUGAGUAUUUCCAAGAGUGGGAAGUCUAUAGACGACUUCUUUCCCGCAAUCGAUCAUUUGAAGUUUGCAGCGGCCUGUGCAGAGUUGUCUCUAACAAAUGAAGUUCUGGAGGAUUUUGCAUUUGAGUCGCUCAAUGAGCAGCUAUUGUCAGUAACGACUUUCAACGAGAUAAGGAAAGUUUAUGGACACUACUUCGAUGUAUCUGACGUGGCGGUGUCGAGGAACUUCAUUGUUUCUUGCAACAAGUCAUCGUUGAAGAAGUUCUCUGGGAUUUUUGUCUGGAGCCGAGAGUUUGAGCUUGUAGAUUACAUAGAGGUGCACGAUUAUGGAAUAGAAAGACUAGUGUUUUCAUGUGAUGGAAAGCAUCUGGCAGCAGCCUCUAAAGAUAAGACUGUGUCUGUUUACAAUGUCGAUAAGAGUAUCAGGCUUUCCCAAAGACUCGAGGACCAUAAGAGAAUUGUCUGGGAUUGUAGCUUCAGCUAUGACUCGAAAUAUCUUGCCACGUGCUCUAGAGACCGGAGUGUGCUUGUCUAUGAAGGGCCUGAAUUCAGAGUGAAGUAUAUGUCGAGAUUUGACUGUGAAGUUACCUCUUUAUGCUUCUCACCCAAGGAGUAUCUCCUGGUUAUAGGGCUUGAGUCUGGUGACGUAGUAACUUUAAGGAUUGAAAGAGAAGAGCUUAAUGUCAAGAAAAGAAGCAAAGAGCAUGGCAGGCGGGUAAGUGCAAUAUCCUUCAAUGAGGAUGGAAGCAGAUAUGCCACUGGCGGAGGAGACGGAAUGGUUAAGGUGUUCUUAGUAUAG